UCUGUGAUGCAAAAUGUUAGUAGUUCAAAUAGAUCUAAAUAUGAUUCUCUUCGAAAACUCUACAAGAACUUGGGUGAUGAGGAUGAAAAGUUGCGUGUCUUAGGCACAUUAUGUUCUUCGUGGGAUAAGGAUAUUGUUCUUGAAUCACUGAAUUUAAUAUUCACUAAUGAGAUCCCAAGUUAUCAUGCAGUUUAUGUUCUUAAAGGUAUUGGAAUAGAUGCACGUGAAAUGACAUGGAGCUGGUUGAAGGAAAACUGGGACCGUGUCUUGAAGGUUAUUCCCGAAAGAGACCUAAUGUGGAGUAUUAUCAACGACAUUCUUCCAUUGUUCACUACCAAUGACAAAGCAGAGGAGAUUGCCAAGGUCUUCACAAACUACCCAGAUCCGGAAAUUCAGAGUGCACUACAAGAAAAACUUCAGAUGGUGCGUAUCAACAUGAGAUGGAUUGAUGGUAUCCGAAGUGAGCCCAAGCUUGCACACACGGUGCAUGAACUGCUUCACAAGCCCUAAUGUGUCGUUUUCUUGUAGUGUUAUGAUUUAUAUGCUUAUCAAUUG